UAAGAAAUACUCAUCAAGCGUGUUUCGUUGUUGGAGACGAAGACGAUGAUAAAUCGCACAAAUUCUGUGUUCUUCAAAUUCAGAGGUUGGUCCAACUGCUUCUUUCUUCAUUCCGCAUCCCCUUUUUUCUCAUCUUUCCGGUUAGGUUUAGGAUUCGGUGCUUGCAAAGCUUUCCUUCACUCCUCAAAUCGAUCUAUGGUUGAUAAAAUUACCAACUUGAAUGAUGCACUCAACCUGUUCGAUGAAAUGUCACACACACGCCCUCUCCCAUCUGUUGUCAAAUUCACUCAGUUGUUGAAUGCUGUUACUAAAAUGAAACAUUAUACUUAUGCACUUGAUCUUUUCAACCAAAUGUGUUCCCUUGGUGUCCCUCUUGAUAAAUACCCCAUGAUCAUUGCAAUCAAGUGUUGCUGUCAGUUGUAUCGCACGAAAGACGGUUUUGCACUCCUAGGUUGUUGCUUUAGGCGAGCUAUUGCACCUGAUGUCUACAUAUUUAGUGCACUCUUAGACGGACUCGUCCUAGAAGAUAGGAUUCUUGAAGCAGAGAUGUUAUUCAAGAAGCUCAUCAAACAAAAACUUUGUGAACCUGAUGUGGUUAUGUAUAACACAAUGAUUAAAGGGCUUUGCAAGUUCGGUAAUAACGUUACAGCCAUUGCUUUGCUCAGGUUAAUGGAACAAAAACGUUGUGAGCCUAGUAUUGUUACAUAUAGCACCAUCAUUGAUAGUCUUUGCAAGGAUAAAAUGAUAGAUGAUGCUUUCAAGCUCUUAAACGAGAUGGUAUAUGACAAAAGAAUUUUACCAGAUGUCAUCACCUACACCACUUUAAUUCGUGGUCCUUGUAACUUGGGUCGUUGGGAUGAUGCCUCAAAGCUGCUAAAAGAAAUGGAGGAUGAGAACAUUUCUCCAAAUGUGCAAACCUUUAACGUAUUAGUUGAUGCAUUUUGCAAGGAAGGUAACGUAGAAGAAGCUGAGGCUGUUAUCAACAUCAUGGUUGAGAGAGGUGAGGUUCCAAACAUAGUGACAUACAACUCACUUAUAGAUGGUUACUGUCUGCGAGGGGAAAUGAUCAAAGCAAAAACAGUUUUUGAUUCACUGAGACUUAGAGGUCUCGUCCCUAAUCUUGUCACUUACAAUAGUUUAUUGAACGGGUAUUGUAAGAAUCGGAAUAUAGAAGAGGCGAUGCAAAUGUUUCGUCAAAUGACCGGACAAGGUUUAAAACCCAAUGUGGUCACUUACAGCACCAUGUUACAAGGAUUGUUUCAGGUUGGGCGUUGUGUAGAUGCACGCAAACUCUUCGAUGAGAUGCAUGCACAAGGCCUAAUUCCAGACCAAUGCACUUAUCGGAUAAUUUUAGACGGUCUUUGCAACAACCAUCUAGUAGAAGAUGCGCUCUCUUUGUUUCAUUUGUUGGGUGAUUCAAAACUUAAUUCUGAUAUUUUUGUGUACAGUAUCCUCAUUGACGGGGCAGGAAAAUGUGGGCAGUUUCACAUUGCAAGGAAUCUUUUCCAUGAUUUAAUAGAUAAAGGCUUGCAACCUGAUGUUCGUACCUAUACAGUGAUGAUUAAUGCUUUUUGUCAGGAAGGUAUACUGCAGGAUGCAAAAUACUUGUUUCAUAAAAUGGAAGAGAGUGGCUGCCCACCAAAUACUGUUACUUAUUGUGUUCUUCUCCAAGGAUAUCUAAAGAACAACCAUUAUGAUAAUGUAGAGAUGCUUUUACAGGAAAUGGAUGAUAGAGGUUACUCACUUGAUGCUUCAACUUUAUCGUUAUUUAUAGAUCAUAUCGCAGCUGGUUUACUAGAUAGAAGUAUGCUUAAGUUGUUCAAUAAGCUAGUUCCAAAAGAAUUAUUGGACGAUCCUAGCUUGUGCGCCUGGGAGAGCAACUGAGACGGUAAUUGUGGGAUGAACAAUGAAGAUUAUAACUUGCAAAAUGUAGAAUGCUUGACAUGAGGAAAAGGUAUUCAUCUCUGAAUUCUGAUAAAGUCACAAUAAGAUGACUGAGUUUUGUAGUUUAUACAUAAAUGAAGUUUAGACCCUUGCAAUAUGUUUAAGCCUUUAAAUAAUUGAAGUUUGUACACAAACCUGCUAAAAUGUCAACAUAUACAUUUAUCUAGCGUUGACAAAGGUUCUGGUCAACAAGUCAACAUAUAUAUUGUUAGUGUAUAACCUUUCUAAGGUCCAAUCAUUGACCUUAUACAU